UCCCGGAAGCGGCUGCCGGGGCUCAAUUGAGUGACAGCAGGGAGCGCGCCGGGGACGCAGGACCAGACCUCCAUAGCCGAUCCACAUCUCGCUUUUUCUAAAGAAAACGUGAAAGUAAAACCGGGAUACCUUGUCAGAGGUAAUAUUUCGGACCGCUGUCAUGGAAGCACUGGUUGAGCGUCUGGAGCAGGCGGUAGUUCGUCUGGAGGCGGUGGCUGUCAAACUUCAGCACUGUCCUGGGGGCGUGGCCAACGGUGACAUCAUCAGUAACAUGAUCAACGGAGGUGAAUCCCAGAGCAUGGAGGCGUUCGACCUUUUGCUGAGCGGUUCAGUGUCUGAAUAUGUGAAGACCAGCACAUCUAUUGGUGGAGAAGUGGCAAAGCAUGCAGAAAUGGUGAACAAUGCCCUGCAGAUCCAGCGUGCUUUCCUCAAAAUGGCGAUGACACACCAAGAGCCAUCAAAGACAGAGCUGGCCGACCUCCUCAGACCCCUCUCCGAACAGAUCCAUGAGGUCCAGAGCUUCCGGGAGAAGAACCGCGGCAGCAGCCUGUUCAACCACCUGUCUGCCGUGAGCGAGAGCAUCCCGGCUCUGGGCUGGGUGGCUGUGUGUCAGAAACCAGGGCCGUACGUGAAGGAGAUGAACGACGCCGCAAUGUUCUACACCAACAGAGUCCUGAAAGAUUACAAAGACACCGACGGCCGUCAUGUGGAGUGGGUGCGUUCCUAUCUGAGCAUCUGGACUGAGCUUCAGAGCUACAUCAAGGAUCAUCACACCACUGGCCUCGUCUGGAGCAAGACCGGUCCUGUAGCCCCUUCCUCACUGUUCAGCGCUUCAUCUGAUGGUCCAUGCCCUCCUCCUCCUCCUCCUCCUCCACCAGGACCUCCUCCAGUGUUCCUGGAUAACAGCGCUGCUCCUGACGACACAGCAGCCCAACACUCGGCUCUGUUUGCACAGCUCAACCAGGGCGAGGCCAUCACUAAAGGUCUAAAGCAUGUGUCUGAUGAGCAGAAGACCCAUAAGAACCCUAACUUGCGCUCUCAAGGAGAGAGGACACACCAGGACUCUCCGGCCAAACGUCCCAGCGCGUCUGUCCGUGCGCCUGCCAAGAAACAUUCCCCUGUGCUGGAGCUGGAAGGGAAGAAGUGGAGGGUGGAGUACCAGGAUCAGUCUCGUGACCUGCUGAUAGAGGAGACGGAGCUCAGACAGGUGGUGUAUGUCUUCAGCUGUAACAGCUCCACACUCCAGAUCAAAGGCAAAGUCAACUCCAUCAUAGUGGAUAACUGUAAGAAGCUCGGACUCGUGUUUGACAAUGCGGUGGGAAUCGUUGAGAUCAUCAACUCCAGAGACGUUCAACUUCAGGUAAUGGGAAAAGUUCCUACAAUUUCCAUUAACAAGACCGAGGGCUGCCAUGUCUACUUGAGCAAGGAUUCACUCGACUGUGAGAUUGUCAGUGCCAAGAGCUCAGAGAUGAACAUCCUGGUUCCUGAGGGAGAAGAUGAUUAUAGGGAGUUUCCAGUUCCAGAGCAGUUUAAAACGGUUUGGGACGGAUCCAGUCUGGUGACAGAGCCCACAAAGAUUGCUGGUUGAUUCUUUUCCAGCUCGUCAUCUCUUUCCUCCUACCCAGAAUUCUUCAUGCACUUUCACUGGAUCGCUCUGUUAGCUCAAACGUCAGAAUUCAUACAUUGUGAGUUGUAGUUUUAGGGUCAGAAAAGUCAGUUUAAGAGCAAAAUAUAAACAAACAAGUUCCAUUUCCCCACACCGCUUUAAACAAAUCACUGUUAGAUAUUUUACUCCUUAAAUUAAGCAGCAAUAAAAAUGCAUUAUUAUUAUUAUUACAUAUUAUGUAUUACAUAAAUUAUUAUACAGCAUUAUGUGUGAAUAUGGGAAUUUUUCAGUCAACGACUCAAAGUACUAAAACUAAAACAGUAAAAAAAAAAAAACAAUUUUGUUGCAUGAAAUAAAAUAAAAUAUAUUUAAAAAAAGUCAGCUAGUUGCCAAUUUCUUAUUUUCACUUAGUUUAACUUUAUGUACUAAAAUAUUACUAAAAUAUAUUAAUAAAACUAUAUAGACAAAAAAAUUACUAACAGAAAAUAAAAAAUAACUAAUUCAAAAUAUUAAUAAAACCUAUAAUAGUAUUUGAAUUAUACUAAAAUAACACUUUGAUCAUUUUUUUUCUCUAAUUUUAAUCAAUUUAUUAAUGUUUAAUUUUUUUUUUUGUCUUUUAAAUCAUAUAGUACUUUGUGUUGGUGUCAUAAAUUCUCAUGUUUAGUAAUAUAGAUCAAAUAUUUUUCAGUAUAUUCAGCUGUAACUCGUCUUUAUACCGGUCCUCUGUGUUUUGCGGCGUCACACGUGACAUUUCCUACCGUUUACAGAUCCCAGUUUCAAUUCAUUUCAUUUUUCUUCUGCAAAAAACAUGUUUAUUUGGCAACAUUAACAUGUGCAAUCAUGGGUCAAUCAAAUCUCUUUUUGUUUUACGAGUGCGAUGAUAACUGGUCUUUGUUCUGCAAAUGAAUGAGUGCCUUUGGGGAUAUUUUUAUAAGGUUUUAUAUUAUUUUAAUAUAGUUCAAAAUGACAUUGCUUAAUUUUAAUCAUAAUCUCAGACCGUCUAUUUCUGAAAUGGACUCCUGUACGUCAGAAAUGUUUGUAUUGAUGGGCACCAUGUCGAACUUCAUUUGUUCUAAAUUGUUUCCUAGUUGGAUCAUAAAUUUACAUGCUUUAAAUGUUUGUUCAACAGGCAGGUCAUUUUGAAUGUAUGCCAACAUGUGUUAAUAUGUAGCAUUCUUCAGUCCUUAAAAGGGAAUCAUGGUACAUUUGCUUGGUCAGUAAAUGAUCCACAUUUAAUAAACAUAAAAUGCACAUUUAUAAAUGAUGCAUAAACACAGUAGAACGUGUACACUGUACUAAAUCACACUGUACUUUACCAAAGUAUUUUCACAUGAAUUUAAUCAAAUAAAGUAAUUGUGCAACUGUUA